GUGGUGAUACAUGAUGGAAUUCGCAAAGAAAAGAUAUGUCCAGUGAAAGACUGCUUUUUUAGCACAUCAAGCAACAAGGAUUUGAAUCGCCAUAUUCGCAAACAUACAGGUGAGAAACCCUAUAGAUGUGAUGAGUGUGGCACAUGCUUUUCUCGUGGUGACAAGCUUAAAGUCCAUCGAAGGAUCCACACAAAUUCAAGACCAUAUUUAUGUGACGAACCCGGAUGCCAGUAUAGAGCCAUUGACUCAGGCAGUCUACGGAAACACAAGAGAACACAUACUAACGAACGUCCAUACAGAUGUCAACUAUGCUCUUAUAGUGCUAGGGAUGGAUCUCAGCUAACUGUGCAUCUCAGAACACAUACAGGUGAUACACCCUUUCAAUGUAUGGUUGAGAACUGCUCUGCAGCUUUUAAGACAAGUUCAGAUCUCCGACGCCAUGAGCGCCUUCACACAGGUGUUAAACCAUAUAAGUGCACAGCAUGUGAUUAUGCUUGUGCCAUAAAAUCUAAUUUGACAGUCCACAUGAGACUCAACCACUUUCAGGGAGCAAAGUUCAGCUGCACCAAGUGUGAUUUCCUUGGAAAUAGUCGUAAACAACUAAAGGAACAUGAGAAAACUCAUGCAAAUGUGCUUAUACAGUGUGAACUCUGUGACCAUGUGAGCACUAGUAGCACUGGUCUUCGUCAGCACAUGUUGAUACAUUCCCAGGAGAAGCCCUUCCAAUGUCGCUAUUGUUCAUUUACCUGCAAAACUACAGGCAACUUGCGAUAUCAUGUACGUAACAAGCAUGGAUGUGAUGUCUCCGGACGGAAGAAAGGAAAUGCAGCCGGUGGAAUGACAGGAGGAAGAGGCCGAACAGCCACAGGCGCUGGAGGAGGUGCAGGACGCAGAACGGGUCGACCAUCAUGCUACAGAAGCUUCAAAUGUAGUGAUUGUGGGAGUGGCUUUGUGAGGGAGGACUCUUACAGGUCUCAUAUGCGGCAACAUCAGAAGCAUAAAGUCGCUCAGGCUAUAACUGGGAAGAUGGAACCAGAUGUUUUCAGUGUCGUUGUUCAGGAUGAAAAUUUGUUAGGUGUUGAGCAGUCUACCAGCACAAGAGAUGGAGACACACUUCAACCUGGAAGUAUUGCUCAAAAUUCAGUCCCAGGUAGUGCAUCUACCCAAACUAAUGAUGGCACUGUCAAUGGGUAUAGUUCAUAUGUCAUAACCAUCGAUGGCAUAUCAACAGUGUUUUCAAACCCAGUGCGUAUAGCAGGAAGUACAGUGAGCACAGAGACUGGGGAACAGAUUCCUGGCACAGUAGAAGUCAUCACCGGGGACCUGAUUACUUCUUCAGGACACAAAGGAACAGCAGGACCUCCACCAUAUGACUUGGAUGCAGAAAAUAGAGUGUCAACUUCCCACCAUGGGUAUAAUUUGUCCCAGGAUAACAAGACUGAUAAGAAUCAGGCCAUAUAUAGCAUUGCGCCAGAGGACAAAGGACCCCAAAACCACUCUACAUUUGGCCACUCAGGUGUACAGAGUCAUGGUGGUUCAAGUGCAGAGUACAUCACCCACACAGCCUCACAGCAAGAGCUCCAGCAGGUGGUUCUGGUUCAGCAUCAUCCCCAACCAGGCAUGGAGGGCAAUCUGGAGCACUCUAUACAGGUCCACAAUCUGUCUGGGAAGGCACCAAAAUCAGAGGAAGUUUAGAGGCCAAAUUAAGAUGAUACAUGUUGGUGUUUCACUGCUAAGUGCUUAUGAAAGUCUAAUUAGAUUGAAAAAAAUGGACAUGGAUGCAUACCCUGAUCCAUAAACUCAUAUACAUGCAUUCACAGAUUUCUUUCUGUAUUUCUUUUUCUUUCUCAGUUAUUCAGUUACACACCCAUCAUACUCUUUGCAUCUGGUAUCAUAAUUCCUCAUUAACUCAUAUAUUCAGCAGAACACUACUGUGUACAAAUUCAGACUUACUUGUGUAGUGAAGGGUAAUCAGUUUAUUUUUCUUAUGGAUUUUUAGGAUCUCUGUAAAACAUGCAUAUCAGAGUCAGUCACUGAUGCUUUUCAUUUUACUUAUACACUAGAGAAAAAUGUUUUGUUAGUGAAAAUACUUGUUAUAUUUUGUGAUAUAGCUCUUAAAAGAAAAAAAAUUAUACAUGCAUGCAUCUUUGUCCUUUUUUAUUGAAAAAAAAAAACAAGAUGUAAUUUUCUUACAAAGAAUUUUAUUUAAUUAAUAUUGUACCUAAAGCAGAUCAUGUAUAUUUAAAACAAGUUCCUCAUGCACUAAGAAUUACAUGGUAAUCACUGAAAAUUAAAGGAUAUACUUUA